GCGCCUGCGCGGAGCCGCCCCCUCGGCUGUCCGCGGGCGCCGCCGGUGUUUGCCGCGUCUGUGCGGAGCGGCUGGGGUGUUCCCUUCGCAGCCGGCCCGGGGGCCGUAGGCUAGUGCCGCUGCCAGGAGCCUCCAUGGGGCGGCGCAGGGAGCCGUGACUGACUCGCCCUUCCCCGGCCCGGAGCCCAGCCGCAGGAGGCGGCUGCAGAGAGAGGCGGAGAGGACCCCCCGCUCCCCGGCCGGCCGGCAGCCCAUGAGCAGCGCGUCCCGCUCCCUAGUUUCGGUCACCGGCGCAGGAAGGAGCGGAGCUCGGCCGCGGCUGCUCGUUUCCCGGCUCCCGGGCUCUGCCCUGGAUGGUGCCCGGCCCUGCCGCGCUUGGGGCUCCCGGACGGGGAUUGUAGCUCCCUAGCGCCGCUCCCUGCCUGCUGAUGUCGGCGUGGCUGAGCCGGGCGGCGCUGCUGCUGGGGCGGCCGGGGGGCCCCGCCGCCACCCCCUUCUGCCUGGGCUCCUUACGGGCCCCUCGCUGCUGCCGCCGCCUGGCCACCCUGCGCGGCGGGUCCGAGGGGCUGCGCCUUCCCCCGGCUUCGUCCUCCCCGGCCUCGGGGCUGGCGCCGCCCGGCCGCCCGCGGGCGCUGGGCACCCACCCCAAGAAGGAGCCGAUUGAGGCGCUGAACACGGCGCAAGGCGCCCGCGACUUCAUCUACAGCCUGCACUCCACCGAGCGGAGCUGCCUGCUGCGGGAGCUGCACCGCUUCGAGUCCAUCGCCAUCGCGCAAGCAUCCAGAUACCCAAAACCACUGGUACCCUUUGAGAAGGCAACGAAGCGGGUAACAUCACCAGAGUCAACCAGUACUUCUGAGAAGUUGGAAGUUGCACCACCAUCCCCAGGACAGCUGAAACAUGUGUUCUUCCACAAUGCAAUACCUUUUGUAGGGUUUGGAUUCUUGGAUAAUGCAAUUAUGAUUGCUGCGGGAACCCAAAUAGAAUUAUCGAUUGGAGUUGUCCUGGGAAUAACAACUAUGGCAGCUGCGGCUUUGGGAAAUCUUGUUUCAGAUUUAGCUGGACUUGGUCUUGCAGGCUAUGUUGAAGCUCUGGCUUCGAGAAUGGGCCUGUCAAUUCCUGAUCUGACACCCAAGCAAGCAGAUAUGUGGCAAACACGUCUCAGUGCACACCUGGGUAAAGCUAUUGGAGUGACCAUUGGCUGCCUUUUAGGAAUGUUUCCUUUGUUCUUCUUUGGAGAUGAAGAAAAAAAACUGGAAGAGAAAAAUUAACCUUUUUACAAUACAAAUAAAAAUGUAAACU